UUGACAACUUUUCAAUUAAAUGAAUUGUUUCAAAAACUUUUAGAACCAUAAGAGAGGACACAUUGAAGUGCGUGAAAGCGUACGGCAAAAAGUGCGGAACACCUCUUCACAGAGAGGUCUUGGAUCUGGUUUUGGAUCAAAUGACCGGCCGUUUGAACAAAUUCUGUAAAGCAGACAAUCCCGACAGAAUUGAUUUCCUGAAGGAGAGCCCCUGUAUUCACAAGAAGGUGUUGAGCACUGAGGAGUAUAAGAAGGGCUGCAACAAUAACUUCUUG